CCGCGAUGCGGGCCCGGCUGCUGCGCGCCUGCCGCGAGGGCGUGAGGGCGGCGGGGCCGCCAUGGCGGGUCCUGUUCUUCGGCACCGACCGCUUCGCCGUGACCACCCUGCGAGCCCUGCGGGCCGCCGGGGAGCCCAGCGAGGACUCGCUCGUGUCCCGGCUGGAGGUGGUGACCCUGCCCUCCCGCCUGGCCCGGGACCUGCCCGUCAGGCGCUGUGCCAGGGAGCUCCAGCUGCCUGUGCACGAGUGGCCGCACACGGGACCCGCGGGGCAUUUUGAUGUGGGUGUGGUGGCAUCUUUUGGACGUCUUCUAAGCGAGGAGCUCAUUCUGCAGUUCCCAUAUGGGGUGCUGAAUGUCCAUCCCAGCUGUCUCCCACGAUGGCGUGGUCCUGCACCCAUAGUCCACACAGUGCUUCAUGGUGAUAAGGUGACUGGGGUGACAAUUAUGGAAAUAAGACCAAAAAGGUUUGAUGUAGGUCCAAUUAUUAAGCAAGAAGAGGUCGCUGUUCCUCCCCGCUGCACGGCACAGGAGCUGGAAGGGAUGUUGGCAGAGAUGGGGGCAAACAUGCUGUUAGCAGUUUUGAAGAACUUGCCCGAAAGUUUAAAAAAUAAAAAAGAGCAGCCAAAAGAAGGAGUAACAUUUGCUCCUAAAAUCUCUAUAGCGAAGAGUUGUAUAAAAUGGGAAGAGCAAAGAGCUGCACAAAUAAUUCAGCUGCAUCGUGCAAUAGGGAGUAUGUUUCCUUUGCAGACACUCUGGAAGGGUACUGCCAUUAAACUCCUGGAUUUUGUUGAAGUGGAUAAUAUCCCUGGUUUUUCUGAUCAAAUACAAAAUGACUGUGAAGUUGUUCCUGGUUCAGUGUUGUUCCAUAAAAUGUCCCAAACAUUGAUAGCUCGCUGCAAGGAAGGCUGGGUUGGAAUCAAAACAGUUGUUUUAAAGAAGAAGCUUACAGCAGUUGACUUCUACAAUGGAUAUAUGCACUCUUGGUUCCAGCAGAAUCCAAGAACAGUUCAUGGGGAAUGCAGAUUUCAAACACUCAAACUUAACACGGCAAAAAAGACUCUGAAAGAGAGGGGAAUAUUGGCACAGGAUAUAAAGCAAUAAAUGUAUUUUUUAAUGUCUGUUUUCCAAAACACAUGGUCCUCCAAGAAAUCCAAGCGUAUGAAUCAGAGUCAAAAACUGGAAACAACAGCAAGGUGGAAGUCAGGCUCCUGUAGAGAAUUCCUGUUGUUCCUGACCGCAGACUCUGCAGUUUGUGCUGCAGAAAUUCUAAACCUGGCAAGUUUGCUUCCAAGAAAAUUAUGUAUUUUUGUGUUUUGCUCCCUGCUACCUUUUGCAAGUGCAAGUUGUGGAGUCACUUUGUUUUUAUUCUGUUCAGAUCAGUCUGGAAAUGUUAGUAAUUGCAUUAUGCCACUAGAAGGGUGGGUGGGUCACUGAGUUUUCUAUGGGUUUGUGGGGAUAGUGGGUGGUUUGGAGAGUUUUCUGGGGCUUGCUAGCUCACUGUAUGGCAAAACCCCACCACCACAAUUUGGAGAUAAUUUUAAGCACUAAUGAUUAAGAAUUUUGGACUUAAGUGUUACUUGACUGGGACUCAACAAUUUCAGUGUUUCAGGAUCCAACUUUUCAGAUGUUUCAGCUCCUUGGGCACUGGAAAAUUAGUUCUUGUUCAUUAUAACCUGAACAAAAUGAACAGCGAGGCAUGACUCCCACAGAAAGAAUACAGUGACAAAAGUUCAGGCAGAAUAGUCCAGGUUAAAGUCUUUUAGAUAACCAAAGUGUUAAAUCAAUAGCUGCUUCCUGGCAGUGACACCAGGAAAAUUCUUUUAACUCCUUUGUGCAUCUCUCAUCCUCAGUUUUAGGUCACGUCCGGUGUGAGACCUAUUGCUGGCAGACAAUAAUCUGGCUCUCACUAAAGCAUAAAGCAACAGCAAGAGUUGGCCUGUGUUUUGGGAAGUUUGAGGUGGCAUGUGCCCAGAAUCCCUGUAGAUGGAGCUCGCUGCAUCCCUUUUGGGUGAAAACCAAGGACAGCUGGACAGAAGAUGGUGAAAAUCUGGUACAGAACGCCUUCAGUUAGUUGUUUAAUAGUGAAUAAUGUCUAAACCAUAUUUCAGCCAGGAUCCCAUGUACUUGUAAUUUAAUCUUUUGAUCUGUGCAGAGUUUGCUAUAAGGCUUCUUUUGCUUUCUGUGUGAGAGGUUAUAAAAGAUAAGGCCAUUCUGAGUUGUUUAAUAGCUAAUGUCCUAGCUCUGAAUAUACACAGCUUUACCAAGUCAUUUUAUGGAGCAAAAGAAGGUAAGAUUAAUUUAUUUUUUUAUGGAGAAAGUCUUCGGCAUGCUAUUUUUGGCAUGGUAGAGAAGUUUUAAAUGGAACUGGUGUUCCCCAGGCAGCUGUUAGCCAAAAUGUCUCUUUGGAAACUUUGCUUUCACCUGGCUCUGCAGGGAUUUAACUCAGUAAGUAAUGAAAAUCUGAUUAUUUUUGCAGAACAGACAGAACAAAAAUAGGGCAUUCACUGAUGAGGUGUGGAAUAGCAUGUCAGGGUUGACUCUGGAGCACAGACACAGUGAUUCGAUCCCCAGUACCACUGAUGGGGUUGAGUACAGCUACCCUGGCUAUUGGAAUGGGAUCUUAGGAAAAUAAAACAGCUGUCCCCCUCUCAGAGGAGAGAGGGAAAGCAACAGAGGUAUUGACAGACCCAAUGUCCACUAUGGCUCAGUUUAACAUCACUGGGACCAAAUUACUGGCAGAACUGCAAAAUAUUUGGGCACCAGAAGGGCUCUGGUGUUGGAUAGGGAUGAUUUCAUCAUGGAUUUCAAAUAAAUGUUAGUAGAGGGAGUGAUAUUUCCUAGGAUGCUGGUGACUCACGGUUAGAUGCAUCUGUUUCAUGUUCUGCAACCUUACUACUCCCCCUGCUUCCUAGGAAACCUCUUUAUUCCUGUUUUCUGAAUACAUUACAAAUAAAUAAAAAGUA